UUUGUGAUGCAUGUAUACAAGUAAAGAAAUAUUGUGAUGCAUGUAUACAAGUUGCGAUGUUUUAAAAGGCCUUACGAAUCUUUUUUUUAUGAUUAUAGGUAAACAGGGAAGACAAAUUACCUAAAAAGAUAUGCGACGACUGCGUGUAUAAAGUAGAGUUAUGUUAUCAAUUUUGGCAUACGACGGCGAAUGCCGAGAAACAGUUGCUGCAAUGGCUAGGCGAAGUGAACAUGGAAGACAAACAGGGUUACAAUGUUCUCAAUCCGAAUGGGAUGAAAGAACAGAACAACGAGAACAGGUUAGAUGGUACUGUGAUGCAACAAGUAAGCGAACAUCAGAACAAUAUGAAUAUGGGUAUGAUGGACAACAUGGGGCUAAGUAUGCCCAUAAUGAUGUCGAGCAAUGCCCAACAACAAAUAACCUCAGUUCCUAUGGACAACAGUGGUAGCUCUGUACAAAAUGUCCAACCAGUAGCUGGACCAAGCACGCAAACGACACAUGACCAAAUCACGCAGAAUCAAACAGACACGCCUACGCAACAAGAAGAGGAAGAAGAGAGCAGUGAAGAGGAGGAAAACUCGGACGAUGAGUGCGAUGGAGAUGAAGGCCUACCUAUAAAAGAAGAAAGUGAAGAAGAUCCUAAUAAUAGUAGAACUAUAGAGCCUACGACAUUUGUUAAUGUUUCCUUGGCGUGUGACGAAGCUGGCCCCUCUGGACUUCAGCAACAGAAAAUUGCCGAUAUGCCCGAGAUGGUGAUGUCACAAACAGCAGAUGUGGAUCCGAAAACUGGGAAACCGACAGCGGAUAUCUCUGUCAAUGAAGCGACGUCGAACAGAAUAUCGGUGAUAAUAUCGGUCUCCAAACGCCGAGAAGAGAAGAAAUCGCAGGAGAAAGAUUGCGAGAAAGAAAAACGCAAUUCGUUCGGCUGCGACGUCUGUCCUAGACACUUUAAGAACAAGUACUCGUUAAAACAGCACAAGCUCACGCACACGGUGGGGAUCGUCCGCGGACGCGAAACGAGCGUAAAAAAGAAUCCCGCGUUCACCGCGGCGGCGGAGCCGCGAAAUCAAGCUCUUCCGUGCGGAAAAUGCAACUUCCGCUGCAACAAGAGAUCCACGAUGAUCGCGCAUCUUGCCGAGAAGCACGAGGGGACCGCGGACGACGAUAGGUUCGCCAGCAGCAGGCAAAAGUUCAACUGCAUCGUCUGCGACGUGGUGUUCUCUCGCAAGGAGACCCUGAGGUCGCACUUCGUCCGCAAGCAUACCCAGCAUUACGAUUACUCGUGCAACUACUGCGGCAAGGAGUUCAAGAUCAAGGGCGAUCUCACCACGCACAUCCGGUUGAAACAUCAGGAGGAACCGGUGGUGUGCGACGUCUGCGGCAAGACCUGCCGGAACAGCCACAGCCUCUACACCCAUCAGAAACACGCGCAUUACAAGGCGAAGUACGAGUGCCCGCAGUGCCAUCGGCGCCUCGUUACGCAGGAGAAUCUAAAUCAGCACAUACUGACGCAGCACGAGAAGAAGGAGAAGUCGGUGUGCGAGGAGUGCGGUAAGACGUUCUUCGAGAAUCACGACCUGAAGAAGCACAUGAGGAUCCACACGGGCGACAAGCCGUACAUCUGCACGGUCUGCGACAGAGCGUUCGCCAGGCACAGCAGCCUGAACCAGCACCUCCUUCUGCACACCGGCGAGCGUAUCUACGCGUGCGACGUGUGCGACAAGUCGUUCGCUCAGAAGGCCGGUCUCAUCUGCCACAGGAAGAUUCACACGGGCGCGUACAAUCCUCGUGGUAUUUUCAUCUUUGACAAUGAAUCACUGGUGAUGAAGAAGUGGCAAAUUUUGGAAUUCGACGGCAAGCCGUAUUAUGCGUUUGUACCCGAAGGCGAUUCGCCUUUACCGGACGAGGAUAUACCAGGACAAGUGGAUGAGCAAUUAGAGGAGGAAGUUGAAGGGGAGGAGCUAGAAGAGGAAGUAGAGGAAAUGGAAUAUGACAACAUUAGUAUAGAGGUGAAAGAGGAGUGUCAGUUCAAGGGAGAAGAAUACGAUUCUUUGGACGAGAAAUACAACGUUGAGAGCAUUCUUAAUGGGAAUGUUGAAGAAAUAGAGGAACUGAAAGGAACUAUAAAGCCGAUCACACUAAACGGCAUCAGCGAAACUGUCGAUGAUAAGACGGUUGGAGAUUUAUACCAGGUGAAAGUACAGGGCAGUAUGGUGACUAUCGAGAAACUUGCGUCCAACCCGGAGGUAGACGCGAAACCGAGUGGCAGUAUCGUGCAGACUAUCGAGAAACUUGCGUCCAACCUGGAAGUAGACACGAAACCGAGUGGCAGUAUGGUGACUAUCGAGAAACUUGCGUCCAACCCGGAGGUAAACACGGAAGCGAGUGGCAGUAUGGUGACUAUCGAGAAACUUGCGUCCAACUCGGAGGUAGACACGGAAGCGAGCGAAGAUCAGACAGAGGACGAAAAUGACGAUGAGGGAGAAGUAGAAUAUCUUGAGGAAGCAAUGGUAGAUGUGCCUAGCGUACCUUCUAGCAAUAAUGCAACACCUCCGAAAAUGCCUUCUCCGAAAAAGACUCCGAGUGAGAUAGUGAAAUGCAAAUUGUGCUCGGAGAUAUUCGACACGGUAUUAGCCUUCAGGAAACACGUAGCGUGGAGUCAUAAGAAGAAGAUAUGCAUAAAAGAGGAUGGCGCUUACAUAUGCGCCGUGUGCGGCUUUAGAACCCCGAAGAAGAGCUCGUUCAUCGCUCAUCUGGAUAGGAAGCACGAUACUUGGUCCAGGAAACGACCUAGCGCCACGAAAUUCCCUUGCUCGGCAUGCGGAUUUGUUUGCAGAUCGAAGCAUUCCUUGCAGUCCCACUUCACGAGGAAGCAUACGGACAAUUACGAGCACCAGUGCAAUUUCUGCACAAAAAAGUUCAAGGUCAAGGGGGAUCUAACGAAUCAUAUACGAUUCCAUCAUAAGGAGAAGCCGAUCAAGUGCGAUGUAUGUGGCAAACAGUGCCUUAACAGCGGUUCGCUCUAUGUGCAUCAGAAAUGGGCGCACUACAAGCCCAAGUACGAGUGUCACAUCUGCAAAAGACGUAUGGUUACGCAAGAGAAUCUGGAUCAGCAUUUGCUGACGCAGCACGAGCAACGCGACAAAAUAGUUUGCGCGGAAUGCGGUAAGACCUUCACGAAGAAAGACUCGUUCAAGAGGCACAUGGUGGUGCACACGGGAUGCAAGCCGCAUUCCUGCAUGAUCUGUAGCAAACCUUUCGCGCGAAGGUCACAGCUGCGCCAGCAUUUGCUUAUCCAUACUGGCAAACGACCGUUUGUAUGUGACAUAUGCGGCAAAGCGUUCACGCAAAAGCCAGGAUUGAUCUGCCAUAGAAAAACUCACCCUGGCCCGCAUCCGCCGUUGCCCGUGAUGCCAAUCGCGGAUAUCGUUAAAGAGUUCACCGACGGAUACGUGCAAGAAAGUAAAGGGUGUAAGAAAGAGAACUUCGACGAGGACAUAGUGGAUCCGUUGAAUGUUGAAUCCAAUGUCCAGAAACCAUUUGUCGGAAUCGAAUGUGAAUGGACGAAAGGAGAAAAAUCGUUAACAGAACAUGAAGGACGACCAUCGGAAAAGAUGAGUGCAAGUCUAACGAGAGAAAAGCUUGGUUCGCGGAUCGUAACCGAGGAAAAUCGACCGACUAGAAAGAAGACGACGUGCGUGGAGUGCGAUCACUGUCGCCGCAAGUUCUUGAAGAAGAGCAACCUCGCCGAGCAUCUGAAGCAGCAUAGGCACAAAUGCGCCGACUGCCCGAAGACCUUCAGCCUUCGGCGUUAUCUGGUCUCCCACGUCGAGAAGAAUCAUCGGCAGCAGAUGUACGAGUGUAGCGUGUGCAAGUACAAAAGCAACAACAAAGGUACCCUGAAGAAUCACUACAUCCGGCUGCACACGAGUAACUACGACUACGCGUGUGACACGUGCGGCAAGCAGUUCAAGAUAAAGAAGGCCCUGAAUCACCACGUGAAGCAGAAUCACAGCGAGGCUCCGCCGAUCGUGUGUGACGUCUGCGGUCACUUCAGUAAGAAUCUCCACGCCCUCAAGGCUCACAUGAAGUACAGGCAUUACAAGCCGGAGUUUGUCUGCCGGAUAUGUCGACGGGGUAUGACGACACAGGAGAACUUGGAGCAGCAUCUUACGUGGCACGAAACCAGGGAGAAGGUACUCUGUCCGACUUGCGGCAAGAGAUUCCGGGGACGCGACCUGGACUCGCACAUGAGAGUGCACACCGGGGUGAAGCCGUUCCCCUGCCCUGUCUGCGGAAAGACUUUUCGACGGCAAACUGCUCAAGAGCAGCACGUGUUGAUCCACACCGGAAAGAGACCGUACAUUUGCGAUAUUUGCGGUCAAGCGUUCGCUCAAAAGCCCGGUUUAAUCUGCCACAGGAAGAGACAUCCUGGCCCGCUGCCCCCGCUACCUGUAGUCUCCAUCAAGAACAUCGUCACGGAUGAUUCACCCGUGGAUCCUCUGAACAUCGUGGACGCGGAAAGCAUAGAAUGCGUGCCCGAAUACGACUUAUUAUCAAAUAGAAUUAAACGGCACAUCGCCAGGAAAAGAAAAACGAGAGAAGAUACGAAAAAGCAGAACUUGAAUCGGGACAAAGUUGACAAGAAGAAACCUAAAUUUUCCUUGGAGUGCGCCACGUGCGGCCAACGUUUCAGCCAGAAAGCAACCAUGGUAGUACAUAUGAGCCUGCACAAGUAUCAGUGCCAAACCUGCUGCCAGAGCUUUAGUCUGAAGCGAGAGCUAAAGCGCCACGUCAUGAACGUUCACGGACCUCUUCUGUAUCCCUGCAGCAUCUGCGAAUACAAGAGCAACAACAAGUGUACCCUGAAGGAUCAUUUCAUACGGAAACAUACCAGCGGGUUCCAGCACUCCUGUACGGUCUGCAAGAAGGAGUUCAAAAUCAAGAACGAUCUGAAGCAACACAUGAAUCAGGUGCACAGCGGCGAGCCACCCAUCAUCUGCAGCAUCUGCGGACAUGCCUGCAAGAACGUGCCCGCCAUCAAGGCGCAUAUGAAGUAUCGACACUACAAGCCUGCUUACGAGUGCAAGAUAUGUAAGCGCGGUCUGACCACGCAGGAGAAUCUCGACCAACAUCUGAUCUGGCACGAGCGAAAGGAGAAGGUCGUCUGUCCCACCUGCGGCAAGACCUUCGGCCAGAAGAGGGACUUGGACCUCCACUUGAGGAUCCAUCAGGGUAUCCGGCCGUUCUCCUGUCCGGUCUGCGGUAAAACCUUUCCUAGAAAGACCGCACAGGAGCAACACAUAUUAAUUCACACCGGGAAAAAACCGUACAUCUGCGACAUAUGCGGACAUACCUUCGCGCAGAAACCCGGACUCAUCUGCCACAGGAAGCGGCAUCCCGGACCGCUGCCGCCGUUGCCUGUGGUAUCCAUUAAGAAAAUAAUCAUGGACUUUACCCAGGAAUUGAUGCAUAUUUUAUUAUCCUCCCCUUCUUUCAGGCAACGACGGGGAGGUAGAUUGCGCGCCAUGCACCAAUGCGUCAAGUGCGGGGCUCGUUUCCGUCACACGCGAAAGCUCGUAGAGCACCUGAAGAACCUGCACAACAUCGACCGGGCGUUCAGCUGCGACGAGUGCAACAAGACGUUUCGCAGCCCGAUGAACAUAGCUCGUCACAAACUGAUCCACACGGGGUUGAAAGCGUUCACCUGCGAUCUCUGCGAGUACAGCACCAAUCAGAAGUCCAAUCUGGAGUGCCAUCGUCGACGGCACGCGAAGGACUACAGCUUCAAGUGCGAGACGUGCGGCAGAGGCUUUUUCCACAGGGCCGAGUACCUGGACCAUCAGAACGCGCACACGAACAAGCGUCUGUAUCGUUGCGAGCACUGCUGCAAGAAUUACCUGUACAAGAAGAACCUGUCGGUGCACCUGGUGACGCAUCACGCCGGCAAACAUGCCGCCGCGGUCACGAGGAGCGCGAGGACCAGGCACGCGUGCAAGUUCUGCCCGGAGAGAUUCGUGUACAAGAGGCUGCUGGAGAGGCACAUGAAAAACCAGCACGGAUUCGCGGACGCGCCAGCGAAGCACCUGUGCGAUCUGUGCGGCGCGGAACUGUCGUCGAUGAGACGACUGCUGGUGCACAAACGCAAUCACGCGGGCGAGAGGAUCUUCGAGUGCGACACGUGCGACAAGAGGUUCGCCAGCAAGGAGAAUCUGAGCAUUCACAAGCGGACGCACACCGGCGACAAGCCGCACGUGUGCCAGCAGUGCGGCCGCGGUUUCACGCAGAGAACAUCGCUGGUCCUGCAUCUGCGGUACCACUCGGAUCAGAGGCCUUACCAGUGCUUGGACUGCGGCAAGGGAUUCGUGUCCAACACCUUACUCAAGAGGCAUCGCAAAGUGCACGAGAAGAUCGUGCACCAGUGGACAAAUAAUCACGAUUUGAAGGUGAAGAAUGAGGACCUACCUGAUAUUGGACAAAAAUUCGAAGGUGGCGAGAAGGUCUGCGAGCUGUGCCAGGCAAAAUUUCACUUUGUUACCAGACUGGUCGCCCACCUGAGAAUAGCGCACGGCAUCCUUCGGCCCUUCAAGUGCGUCACCUGCGACAAGAAUUAUCCCCAGCAGUUCAUGCUUAACGCCCACGUGAAGAAAUCGCACACGCCGAAGACCGCGCCGUGUAACCAGUGCAGCUUCAUGGGCGUCAACGUGACCGACGUAGAGAGGCACAGGCGGCGACGUCACCGAGCCCCGCCGAAAUUCACGUGCGAGAUUUGCAGCCAGGAUUUCGCCGAUAAGGACACUCUGAUCGCGCACACGACGAUGCACGACUUCAUGCGGUAUCAGCGAUGCAACGCGUGCGGUAGCAUCUUCAACGAUGUGUACAGCUUGAAGGAACACAAUCGUCUCUACCACUACGAUCCUGCGUCGGACGAGAAGUCGUUCGAGGAGCCCAACGAGAACGAGUCCGAGCACAAAUGCGACGUUUGUGGCAGGGCCUACAAGUAUAAGUCGAUGCUGAAGCAGCACAAGAUCAGAGCUCACGGUGACCAGUCGAACCACGAGAGACGCAGGUACCUUUGCGCGCUGUGCGGCAAGGAGUUGAAGACGGCGAAGGGCCUCGAAAUCCACAACAGAUCGCACACCGGCGAAAAGCCGUAUACUUGCGAGGUGUGCGGCAAGUGUUUCGCCUGUGAGACCCUGUUGAGGACCCACAAAGUCACCCACACCGGAGAAAGGAAGUACUCGUGCGACCAAUGCGGCAAGGCUUUCACGCAGAGGUCCACUCUGGUUGUUCACAAGCGAUAUCACACGGGCGAACGACCGUACGUUUGUCCUCGAUGCGGUAAGGGUUUUGUCACACGAACUGUCCUUAAUACUCACAUGAAGUCCUGUCGUUGAGGUGGAUUUGUCUUCACAGAAUUUGUCGAGUCAACGCGAAGGAAUAGAUAUCACCUAUAUAUCAUGAAUGCUUAGGAAUCCUACAGACGUUUGAAGAUGUUAUGAUGUCUUAAAUAAUUUUUUACAUAAUUUUUAAUUCAAUAACAGAAGACUUGAAUAUACUAAAUCUUUUACAUAACUAAAGUUCCGAAGAUAUUAUAAUUAAGGAUUAUACUUUUUUACCUCAGGAUGAUAGAUAAAUAUAUUUUCUAAUUUUAGUAAUGACUAAUGAAGAAACCGUCCGUGAUAUUAGUGAAAAAGAUAAUAUCCCUUUUUUGUGUUAGUGGGAUA